CGGCUAGCUCAAUCGGUAGAGCGUGAGACUCUUAGUCUUUCACGGUCUAACAGACACGAUUACUCAGUACAUCUCAAGGUUGUGGGUUCGACCCCCACGUCGGGCUUGUACGUUUUCUUUUUUUGCUCUUCUUCAUUCUUCUCUCUCAUAGAUGUUUGA